GCUGUUUGGCCAGACGGGCAUCCCCUGCUCUCCCCCAGUGAGCUCUGCUGUUCUUGUGGGAGCCAUGAAGCUGAACAAGAGGAGUGUGGCCCACUAUGCACUGAGCGACUCCCCGGCAGACCACACAGGCUUCCUGCGCACUUGGGGUGGCCCAGGGACCCCACCCACCCCAAGUGGUACUGGUCGAAGAUGCUGGUUUGUCCUCAAGGGCAACCUGCUGUUCUCCUUCGAGAGUCGUGAGGGCCGGGCCCCACUGAGCCUGGUGGUGCUGGAGGGCUGCACAGUGGAACUGGCCGAAGCCCCUGUGCCUGAGGAGUUUGCCUUUGCCAUCCGCUUUGAUGCCCCAGGAGUGCGUCCACACUUGCUGGCAGCAGAUGGGCCGGCUGCCCAGGAGGCCUGGGUGAAGGUGCUGUCCCGGGCAAGUUUUGGCUACAUGCGCCUGGUGGUCCGAGAGCUGGAGAGCCAGUUGCAGGAUGCCCGCCGGAGCCUGGCCUUGCAUCGCCGCUCGUCCUGGAAGGCCCAGGCUCCUGACCACUGGUCUCCAGGCCUGGAGAAUGGCCACUCUCUCUCCAGGGAUUGCAGCCCUGUGGGCUUGGUUGAAGAAGAGGGCAGCAGGCCAGCAGGGCGGAGUUUGGCUGAGCGGGAGUUGCAGGGCCCUGCCAGCCUCCUCCUAGGCAGGGGACAGAGCCCCGUAUCCCCUGAGACCUCUUGCUUCUCUACUCUACAUGAUUGGUAUGGCCAGGAGAUCAUGAAACUGAGACAGGGGUGGCAGCAGAGGGCCCGGUGGAGCCAGCGAGAAUGUGAGGACCAGGAUAGGGCCUGAGACUGGGCCCUUUGAGUUCUGCCCCUGUUCUGCUGGUCACGAUGUCAGGGCCAGUGCUUUUUCAGGAGUUAAGUGUUUACUCAUUUCCAAGGUUGCUUUUGGGGGGGUGGCAAAGCUAUCUCCUUCUUGCUUUUUAGGCCUUCCCUAUGUUCCAGACCCACCCUUGUGCCUAGAGGGGACUGAAGAAUCAUUACUUCCAGUCUCUUUAUUUCCUGAGGCCCAGAGAGGAAAGAUGCUUGAUCAGCAUCCACAAAGCACAUCUCCUGACUCGGUGCUGGACAGCCCCUCUUUCAGGGGAUGUGAAUGAAAAGGAGGAAGUGGGAAAUGUUACAUGGCCAUAGGCCACCCUACGAUUGACCACUCUAUAACCACAGUUUCCAACACUGGGAGUCCUGUGUGCAUUUAAAUAUCAGAAGUUAUUCGCUUGAGGGGCUGACAUUAUCAGAGAAAAUGGAUUUUUGUGUCAUAGGGAUUUCUGGAAACUCACUCUUCCUGAGGGGGGUGGGAAGAUUGGGCAUAGGACCCCCACUCUGCAGUUUGGGUAGGGCCCUUUGGUCUUCAGCCAAUAAAGAGAGAUUUAUUCUGCUCAGAAAGUGUUGGGGCCCCCAUCCUCUCUCUCUCUGGCUGCCCUGUAAACAGAUGGUGCACAACUUUGCCCUGGGAAGAACUGGUAGCUGUUAUGUAUCAGCAGAAACCCUUUCUGUACUCUGCCCUCAGCAGCCAGCUCCUGGAGCUACAAAGUGGGAAGUUAAAGAAGAGGUGGGGAGGCAGUGUGGCUCCCUGAGGAAAGCCAGUUUGUUACUUCGGUUCUCAGUGCUAGGCAUUCUAGGAGCUUGGCCACAAGAUUUCUGGUACCCUGUGAUAAACUCUUCUGUCAUGGCUGGGUUCCCAGAAAGGUGUUCCUGCUCUUGAAACUGCUAGUGAAAUCACCUGGGCACUCUUUCACAAUCCUGCUUGUCACCCAUGAUGUACCUGGCAAGACCCCUCAUUGCUGCUCUUCCCAGCAUCAGGCUGUGUUUUCUUUUUCUGUUGUUCUGGGAGGCAAAGCGGCUGGGUCGACAGAGCCAGAGGCCAGACCAGCCUGACCCUAGGGAUGUGCUGGCAUGGGCUGGUGGGGAGAUACAGAGCCCGAUUGGAGACACGCCAUUCCCAAACACAAAAUUUGCUCCUACCUAGCGUAUCUCCCCCUUACUGGUGCCAUGGGCAGCUGACCAAGACCCAACUAGGCCUAAGGCUGAGGCUCAGAACCUCUUGUCUCCUGGAGACUGAGAUGCCGCCCAGGGCCAGGAGCCAGGACCCGUCCCCACGGGCUUGUUUUCCAGGCCUGUUCAGGAGCCUCGCGCCCACUGCACUUUAUUUUAUACACAGGUACUACAUGCCUUUGUUAUCUUUCCUAUUGUUACAGUGUUUUUUAUACGAUUAAAACACUAAAUAAAGUAUUUUUCAUUAUUAA